AUGGCUGACAGCGAUAAUACCAGAUCCAAGAAAUCGUUAAACGUCGAUUCACCCUCCUUUACGCCCUCCGGUAUAGGUAGCAAGAAGCCUACAUUCUCUUCGCAAGCUGCAAGCGCCCCGGCGUUUACUCCACGUGGACUAGGCUCCGCCACACCCGUUGGCCCGCAAGAUGGCGAUAACAGCGUUUUCAAUCCUGCGUCUAUCCGCGAAUUUACCCCCAAUUUUGACAUAAACUCUACGACCGCUACAAAUGGCGCUGCCCAAGAUAGCGGCAUCUCCUACGACCCAUUUACUAUGCCCGCUGUGAACCAAGGUCUCACUACUCCUCAGUUCAAUCCCUAUGCAGAAGACCCUGCCCUUGGUGGUCAUGGGCCAGGUUACUUUCAAGCGCAGAACGCGUUUGCGACGCCCCUUCAACCACUGCAACACCACUUAUAUUUCCCAGUUGCACCUCAUCGAGAUGAUUUGAUGCCGUAUCAUCGUGUGCCGCACGACUUUUUCCUCCCCGAGAAGGAGCGCGAAGAGAUUGCCCGGAAGCUUGAGGCAGCAGGCCAAGUCCUUCCCAACUCUCAGUUACCACAGCUCGACAACUACCACAAUCUGGUGCCUUUAGAUACGACCCAUCGAAAAAAUGCCAAUAUCUUUGGGUAUCCUAGUUGGGUCUACAAAGCUACAGCAACCAAGACCGGCAAUCUUUACUGCUUGAGGCGGCUUGAAGGUUACAGAUUGACCAAUGAACAUGCAAUCAGACUUGUCAAGGAAUGGCGACGCAUCAACAACGGCAACGUGGUCACUAUUAUUGAUGCAUUCACAACUCGUGCCUUUGGAGAUAGCUCGCUCAUUUUCGUUCAAGACUAUUACCCCCUGUCCAAGACACUUGUUGAGGCUCAUUUAACCCCAAGCACCACUCAUGGCAAUCGUUUCCAGGCAAAAACCCCCAUUGCCGAAAACGUGCUCUGGGCCUAUAUCUCACAGAUUGCCAAUGCGCUUCAGGCUAUCCAUUCUAUCAACUUGGCAGCACGCUGCAUUGACCCGAGCAAGAUCAUAUUGACUCAUAAAAACCGGAUUCGUCUCAGUGCGUGCUCCAUCCUCGACGUUGUGCAGUAUGAUGCACAUCGGCCGAUUCAGGAACUUCAGCAAGAAGACUUUAUUCAAUUCGGACGCUUGUUGCUAUGUUUAACAACAAACACGCUGCCAGUUCAUCUGGCCAACUAUCAGAUGUCUGUGGAACAGAUGUCAAGGGUGUAUUCAGUGGAGAUGAGAGAUACUGUUUUAUGGCUUCUCACACCCCAACAGCCUCCAGCACAGAAGGGCAUUGAGGAGUUUGUGCGUGGAAUCGCUGGGCGCAUUACCACUACAUUUGACCAGAAUCUGCAAGCCUUGGACAAAGUCAAUGCCGAUAUGAUGCGAGAAAUCGAAAACGGAAGGGCUGCGAGGCUAAUGAUGAAGCUAGCAACCAUUAACGAACGACCUGAAUUUGAAGGAGAUCGGGCGUGGUCCGAGAAUGGCGAACGCUACAUGCUCAAACUUUUCCGAGACUACGUCUUUCAUCAAGUUGACAACAACGGCAAACCAGUCCUAGACAUGGGACACAUGCUUCGAUGCAUGAACAAGCUAGAUAUUGGAUCAGACGAGAGGAUUUGUCUGACGAGUCGAGAUGAACAGACCAGCUUCCUCGUCAGCUUCAAAGAGCUCAAGAAAAUGCUGACGAAUGCUUUUGGCGAACUUGUGAAGGGAAGCAAGUCGGGACGAGGCCUAUAA